GUUGCAAACGCGUAGAUUUUCUUCCAUGUACACGCAAUGUUAUGUCAAUUAGUACACUAGAUGGCCUAGCAAGAGAUCUUGUCGUUUUGCCCUGCCCCUCGUACUUUCCUUCCCAGCAGCCAAAAUGACGUCUGCGCAAACGAAAACAAACGCUUCCCUCUUUCACCUUCCACCUUCUACUUUUUGUUUCAAUUCAACUCUCUCUCUCUAUGUGCUUCCCUGAUUACUUCCACUGUUGACCUUGCUUGUCUAUUUUAAUUAGUUGAAAAUGGCUUAUAUCCUUCUUUUUGGGCCUGACGACCUCUAGCCAGAAAUUUCUGGUGUAACCAUUUUGAACUUUCAAAUCUCUUACUUCUCUUUUCACGUCUCGCUCACUUCUUACAAUGGCGCCACAGACGCCAAUCCAUAAUGGACCACGCGUGCAACUCACUCUCGGACCGUGCUUAUUCAACGGUAUGUUUGAAUGUCCCUGUAAGGCAGGGUCCAUCAUCGAUACUCUUCCGAGCCUCGGCUUGGAGUCUCAUUGUGCAGUUUGCGGCCAUGCAGUAUCUCUACACCGAGAACUCGAGUCACGCUCGCCUGAAAUGUUUUUCAAAACCGAAAUGGAAGACACCCUGCGUCCUACUCUUGAAGGGUCCGCCUCGUCUUAUACCGAGCCGACGACCAGUCAGAAUGAAAUGCAACUGACAAGAUCACGCUCUUUAAUCGACUGCCCAUCUUCAAGGAAUCCUUUGGCGAGCUCCACACAUCGGAAGCGAUCAUUACAAGAAGUUUUGGAAGAAUCUCGACGUCCAUACGAUGAACCCGCUCGGCCUGAUAAACGUCUUCGAAGCUCCCAAACAGAGAUAGCUGCCACUGAAAGCACUGUGGAGGAUGCCUAUGUUUGUCCUCGCCAAGAUACAGUGUCAACACUUGCAAAAUUGUUAGAGGACAAUGGUGCAAUCCUGAUUUGGGGAAUGCCGGGGUCGGGAAAGUCUACAUUGGGUAGGCUAUUGACAGAGCAUUUCACAAGGCAGAACAAAAAAGCCGUUUUCAUUAGUGAUUGGCCAUUGGAAAAGCCCUCAAAACUCGAAGAGAUUCUAACGGACUUUCUCCAUACGGACUUUCCAGAGAUGAGCUUAGACGACGACUGUGUCUUUGUAAUCGAUGAAGCACAGAAAACCCUACAAAAGUCAAAGCGGUAUUGGAAUAUUCUUAUUAAGAAUGAAAUCGCCAAGCCGAAUGGUUCCAAGUUCUGUAUCCUUAGUGGACAGGGCCAGUUGGCUGGCAUAAAUUCCGUUUUCAAAGACCUUCCUGAAAUCUCCCACUUGACCUCACAUGGAGGAUGUAAAGAAAACGUUGGGAUAUUUUAUACUCAGUCGGAAUUUCAAGAUGUGGCUUCACGGUUGACGUCGAAAAAUUUCAGCUAUAGACUGAGUGAAGACGCCUUGAGCUGCGUCUUUUCUCUGACGGCUGGGCACCCGGUGACAGCGAAAGAAAUUCUAAGUUAUAUUGAACAGUUUCAUUCGAGCUCCUCCACCCCACGUCGCCGCCUUAAGCGUUUGGUAUCCACUGAAAGUACUCUCGAAAUUCUUAAGGACGAUGCGCGUUUGUUCGGGUACCUAGGUGAUAAAGUCUAUCCUGGCGCAUUUGCUCGCAAAAGCAACAUCGCGAUAAAAGUGUUUCAAAGAUUACUUUUUGCACCUGAUGUUAAGAUCACCUGGAACUCCGAAUUCAAUACCAUUGGGAAGUGCUUCGAAAACGGUAUUAUAUGCCAUGAGAUUGAUGAGAAUAAUAAAGAUGUUUUCAAUUUCCCAUCACCAUUGCAUCAAAGAUGGGCUAGAUGGUAUCACGAAAUCGAGGACCCUGUUUACCGGGGGGAAUUAACUCCAGAGCUAGGAUAAUACUGAAAUCAUUUUUGAUAACAAUGUACAAAUAUUCCAUAUCACCACCCGCUCGAAAGUCCACAAACAUGUUAGGCCCAUGGGAGGGCUGGGUUGAAAGGGCUAGUUGGAAGAUAUACGCUUUAUUCGAAGAUUGGUCAUCCCAAUUUUACUUUAAAUUCCCUCACAUUGAACCCACAGCUAGGUAAAGAAUCCAUUAUACUCUUUUCUAAUCCCUUCUACCAGCUAUGUAUAUAUAUCCACCGUACGUAAAAGGAGCUAGGGCUCGAGCCUCAGUGGAGACUAUUCCUAGAUGCGUCUAGCCUCCGCUCCGGUUGCGG